AUACAAAACUUACAUACAGUGUUAUCAUAAUACGUUAUUACUGUCAUUCUUUUGUUGCGCCGAACAAAAAAUAUGGCUGACAGUAAUUUGUCCAGUUGUGAACCAUGCAGAUACAGAGGAAUUACAUCACCAGCUGCUAGGUUUUGUAAAUCAUGUCAGGAAAAACUAUGUAAAGAAUGUGUUGACUGUCAUAAGUCAUUUAAAAUAACAAGAGACCAUGUUUUGGUAGAAACCCCAGAUCAGCAGUCAACAAAAUUGUCUCAGGAUAUUGAAGAUCUAAAGAUGUGUAAAGAUCAUGCUAAUAAGCCAACGGAAUUUUAUUGCUUGACCCACGAGUCCAUGCUAUGCAGCCUUUGCCUUCUAAGAUCGGAGCUGCACAAGAAAUGUAUGAAUCGUAUUGUUGAACUGGAGAGUAUGGGCGAAUCAUUUGCCGACAGUAAGUUGAUUGAUGUAGCACAAUGCGAAUUUCGAAGUUUGAUUGAUCGUGCUCAUCGCUUUGUUACCGAGAUUAAAGAAGAAAAGCGAGCCACAAAUGAAAACUUUGAUGCGGUUAAAAGUGAAGGUGCUGCUCUUAGAAUAAAAUUUAUGAAGGUAUUUGACAAGCAAAUUAAAAAGAUUGUUGAAAAAUCAACGAAAAUAAAAGAAGAAACAAAUAAGAGAUAUUCAGAGACAAUUGAAAGUCUUGAAGAUGUUAUUUCAAAAGCAGAAACUAACGAAAGAGUAGCAAAGGCUCUCUUAGAAUCAGGGACACCAGAAAACAUUUUCCGAUGUUUGAUCGCUAUCAUUAAACAAAUGGACGAUUUUAAGUUAGUAGCAACAAAUCUCUGUGAAGGUGACUACAGCAAGGACAUAAUUUUCAUGGUCAAAUCAGAUUUGAUGAAACAAAUAGAGGCGGACGAAAAAUGUUUCAUUGAUUUUCAAACCAAAUCGUCAAAACUGGAAAUAUAUUCUAAAAUACCAGAUCGAUUACUGCAAGGUAGUUUAAAAUCAACUUUUGUAAAGUUGCUCUGUACAAAAACUAUGUCGGAACACAAGGUCACAAAUGAUGGAUGUGACAAGGCCGUAAAUAGUAUACCAGAUAUUCUAGGUAGCGAUGAUGUUGAGUCAGAAAUAUGCUCCGUUAAAACUACAACGAAGGCUACAAAAGCCGACGAGAAAAAAUCUAUUUGCCAAGUUGAACUACCCGAUGUAUUUGAUAUUAAACUGAAGCAUAAUUUUACGUUAGAUGUAACCAUGCCAGAUAACAAAACACUAUGGUUCAAUGGCAUUGCAUUUCUCCCGGAUGGAAAGGUCAUUUUGUCAGAUUCAAUUAACUCUAGGUUAAUCUUUCUCAACCAUGAGAACAAAGUUAUUAUGACAAAGAACUUAAAGUAUGAACCAGGGCAUAUUUGUUUUGCAGGUUCAAAUCGCCUUGCCAUUUGUCUUAUGAAGACCAACCAGAUUCUGCUGGCUGAUACAAGCAAAACACCGAUAAGGAAAGAAUGGUACUUGCAGACAAAGUACCAUCCGAAAUGUAUACAAUUUGUACAUGAUAAGAUGUUAGUAUCCUCACAAGAUGCUUCUGGCGAAUGGUAUUUGAAUCUUAUGACAGUCGAGGGAGCAGUUUGUCGGUCCAUCAAAUAUAAAAGACUACUGGAUGGCUACAUCCUUGCGAUUCAAUCAAUACCGACUGAGACAAACAACUUUCGAAUCAUUCAUUACUGUAAAGUGGCCAACAACUUGCAAUGCUUUGGUUCGGACGGCUCCUUUGUCUUUGAUUAUGGUGUCGACAGUGUUGUGGCUGUUGUAACAGACCCAAAUGGAUAUAUCUAUGUCAUACGAUAUACAGGAGAAAUUCAAAUCUUAAGUCCAAAUGGUCAUUUUAUUCUGAGGCUUUAUACAGGUGAGUAG